AUGAAUGCCUUCUUUGAUGGUUAUGUUCAUGCUAAGACAAACUUGAAAGAGUUUGUCGAUCAAUAUGAUAAUGCCUUGAAAAAGAAGAUUGAGAACGAAAAUUGCGCGGACUUCCAAUCAUUUAAUGUCACAAUUCUCUGCAUCUCUAGAUCUCCAAUUGAAAAGAGAUAUCAAGAUUUGUACACAAAUCCUAAAUUCAGGGAAGUUCAACACCAACUUACUGACAUUAUCGACUUAGACCCAGUUUUACUUAAGGCGGAUGCUACAGUCAUGAUCUAUCUGGUAAAGGAUGAAGUUCAUGUCGAAGAUUUCACUAAGCUAGUUACAUAUUCAGUGGAUUUUAGUGAGGACGAUGCAGUCGCCAAGUGUUCUUGUGGUUUAUUUGAAAUGAGGGGGAUAAUGUGCCGGCACAUCUUCGCCGUCUUCAAAUGUAAUGGGAUUAAGACAAUACCAGAUAGGUACACUUUGGAUUGA